AUGGCGGCAGGGGGGGCGGCGGGCCUGCGGGAAGAGCAGCGCUAUGGACUGUCGUGCGGACGGCUGGGGCAGGACAACAUCACCGUGCUGCAUGUGAAGCUCACCGAGACGGCGAUCCGGGCGCUCGAGACCUACCAGAGCCACAAGAACUUAAUUCCUUUUCGACCUUCAAUUCAGUUCCAAGGGCUCCAAGGGCUUGUCAAAAUUCCCAGAAAUGAUCCCAUCAAUGAAGUGCAUACAUUUAACUUCUAUUUGUCAAAUGUGGGUAAAGACAACCCUCAGGGCAGCUUUGACUGCAUUCAGCAGAGAUUCUCUAGCUCUGGAGCCUCCCAGCUCAAUUGCCUGGGAUUUAUACAAGAUAAAAUUACAGUGUGUGCAACAAAUGACUCGUAUCAGAUGACACGAGAAAAAAUGACCCAAGCCGAGGAGGAAUCCCGCAACCGAAGCACAAAAGUUAUUAAACCUGGUGGACCAUAUGUAGGGAAAAGAGUGCAGAUUCGGAAAGUACCUCAAGCUCUAUCAGAUGCAGUGCCUGAGAGGAAACGGUCAACCCCCAUGAACCCUGCAAAUACGAUUCGAAAGACACAAGGCAGCAGCAGUGUUUCUCAGCGGCCAUAUAGGGACAGAGUGAUUCACUUACUGGCACUGAAGGCCUACAAGAAACCUGAGCUGCUGGCUCGACUGCAGAAAGAUGGUGUCAAUCAAAAAGACAAGAACUCUCUUGGAGCAAUUCUGCAACAGGUAGCUAAUCUGAAUCCUAAGGACCUCUCGUAUACCUUAAAGGAUUAUGUUUUCAAAGAGCUUCAGAGAGAUUGGCCUGGAUACAAUGAAACUGACAGACGUUCAUUAGACUUUGUGCUCUCAAAGAAAUUAAAUACAUCUCAGAAUGCUGCCAGCACCAGGCGUUCAGAAUCUCCUGUAUGUUCCAGUAGAGACACUGCGUCUUCUCCUCAGAAACGGCUUUUGGAGUCAGAUUUCAUUGAUCCUUUAAUGAAUAAAAAAGCUCGAAUAUCUCACCUAACAAAUAGAGUGCCACCAACAUUAAAUGGUCAUUUGAAUUCCACCAGUGAAAAAUCUGCAGGCCUCCUGCCACCCCCUGCAGCUGCUGCCAUCCCCACCGCUCCACCACUGCCUUCAAACCACCUGCCCGCCUCCAACCCUCCUCAGACUGUAGAUUCUAACUCCAACUCCCCUAGCACUCCAGAAGGCCGGGGGACUCAAGAUCUACCUGUUGACAGUUUUAGUCAAAACAGUAGUAACUGUGAGGACCAGCAAGACAAAUAUACCUCUAGGACUUCUCUGGAAACUUUACCCUCUGAUUCAGUUCUACUAAAGUGUCCAAAGCCUAUGGAAGAAAACCAUUCAAUGUCUCACAAAAAGUCCAAAAAGAAGUCUAAAAAACACAAGGAAAAGGACCAAAUAAAGACACACGACAUUGAGAUGAGUGAGGAAAAGGAAGAGGACCUUAAAGGAGAUGAGGAAAUUGCCAAGCUGAACAACUCCAGUCCAGAUUCCAAUGAAGGAGUUAAAGAGGGUUGCACUGCCUCCAUGGAGCCUUCUUCAACAAUUGAACUCCCAGAUUAUUUGAUAAAAUAUAUUGCUAUCGUCUCCUAUGAACAACGCCAGAAUUACAAGGCUGACUUCAAUGCGGAGUAUGAUGAAUAUAGGGCCUUACAUGCCAGAAUGGAGACCGUAGCUAGAAGAUUUAUCAAACUGGAUGCACAACGAAAGCGCCUUUCUCCAGGCUCAAAAGAGUAUCAGAAUGUUCAUGAAGAAGUCUUACAAGAAUAUCAAAAGAUCAAGCAGUCUAGUCCCAAUUACCAUGAAGAAAAAUACAGAUGCGAGUAUCUUCAUAACAAGCUGGCUCAUAUCAAAAGACUGAUAGGUGAAUUUGACCAACAGCAAGCAGAGGCAUGGCACUAG